AUGUUUCUUAAGUGCCUUACACUCGCCAUGGAAUCCGUAAAGCCGAUGACUCUCGAGUGGGUCAUCAGCUGCAUAUGGUGCUUCAUGGCUAUUCAUGGUUUUGCAUCGGCUGUAUGUGUAGCUUCUUGGACAAGAACAGGCUUGCUGCCGACGGUGCAAGAUAUCUACCCCAUCACUAUCGACACGAUGUUCGGAGUCGAGCCCCUUGUUUAUCUAAUGGUCGCCUUCUCUUCAACGUUAGCCUUGAUAGUUCACGUGCUGGUUUUUGUGCACGUAAACCAUGAGUGGAUAUCGUAUAACGAAGAACUUACAAAUGCAUCCAAACUGAAACAACUCACAGUGCCCGACGUGCUGGACUCCUUUAGUGCGCGACAGUCAGAAUUGAUGAGAAUGACGAAGUUUGUGAGGUUGUUUGUCACUCUGUCUACGGUAUUCGCUUCUCUUACGGCUAUUGACGGGCUAUACUUUAUGGCUGGGUUGGUCCAAUAUCUUCCGCCUUUGAACUAA